GUCUCAGCAUACUGCGUCACCGGCUGCGUCUUUGCCCACGCAUUGGUAAACAUGGGAUCCUUCUUGGCAGCAUCUGCGUAUUUCAGCAGUGCUUCUCUCGGAUCCUCGUGCAACAUCUUGCUCAGUGGAAUAUUCUCCGAAAUAUGCUUUGCGUCUGGCUGGCUGCGCAUAAACGGUGUGAUGGUCUGCAUCUGAGGUCUCAUCGGAUCUCUCGACUUUCCGGACGCCGUAACACCACCCCGUUUGGUUCCUCCCAGAGCCCCUGGUGCCACGAUGGCAUCUCCAGAAAUACCCGAGCUCUGAUCCAUGAUGGCGGAGGGGUCAUCGUCGAUGUGCCGCACCUUCGGGGCCCGGGACAUGACCUCGAGGGCACCGCGAUGGGACUUUUCUGGGUUGUAGAGAACAUGUGUCUCGGAGUUGGCAGAGCCCGUGAUGAUUUGGUUGAGCCUCUCGUGCCAGUCUACCACUAUGAGCGGGACACCGGGUGUGAUAGGUGUGACGUGCUCUGGCCUGAGAUUUCCGGGGUUCAAGAUGUGAAGAUGCCCUGAUGCCGAACCAGCGAUGAUGGACGAAGAAUCUGGCGAGUAUUUGAUGUUGGACAUGGGGUAACGGUCAGAGGUGGAAGGGUGCUCAACCUUGACCAGCGGCUGCUUGAACUUGCGUGUGUCCCACAGCUUGAUCAGCCCAUCACCGCCCCGAGUAACCACCAUCCGCCCGUCGGAACUGAUAUCAAUACCGCCCGUCCAUGUAUCGGCCUUGUGCGCAUCUCUGAUUUCCGCCGCUGGUCGUGAGAAUGGCCCGUUUCCACUGUACAUGACCAAGGACCCAUCCAGCGCAGCAGAGACGAUGACCGGCGCGCCCCCUGAUGGUGGAGCACCCCAUGCCACCGCCGUCAUCCUUGUCCGCCCAGCACACCCAGGUGCUUUGGAUUUGAAGACAAUAACCUCCUUCUGACUCCGCUUGUUGUUGACGUCCCAUAUUCUCAAUGUACUGUCAGAACCUGCCGUGAUGCAGAAAUUCUGAUCGGUCGGAUGCCAUGUCCCAGUCGUGACCUCACCUACAUGGCCUUUGGUGUGGUUCAUGUCGCGCAGGUACAUAUCCCCCUUGACAAACUCGGUCAAGACAUCGCCAUCCCUCGACAUAAUCUUGGCUUGUGGAUGCGCAGUGACACACAAGAAUGCGCCGCCCGAAUGCCGACUAAACUCGAUAUGCUGGAUCGGAUGGGAAUCUGUCGAGCCCGACUUGUUGCUCCCCCACGGGUCCACACUCUUGAACGCUCUCAGGGUCGUCGGCGUCAUGGACGAAAAAUCAUGAAACUUGAUGGUGCCAUCGAGUGACCCGGUCAGCAUGCGCGCGCCAGCUGGAUCGAGCGCGAUGCUGGUGACGGCGCGGUCGUGGGUGGUAAAGACAACCUCGUGGCUGACUGGGAAUCUUGCGGCUUCGUCUUCUUCGUCAGACUCGGAGUCAUCAUCAUCGUCGUCAGAAUCGCUGUUACUGUCUGAGUCAGAAGCGGCCUUCUUCUCUUUUAUUUCCUUCUGCGGUAUCUCGACCUUUCUUCUUGUCUGCUCUAUUUGCGCCGCAAUGUUUGCUUCUUUGGAUGUCUUGCCAAACGACGUCGGCAUGAAGUUGCGCAUGGGAUCAUUAGGAGCCAACUCGGGCUCCUGGACCCAGUAGUCGUCGCUGUCGCUGUCGGCCAUUUCUGGGCUGUAGUUGGGCUUAGCAGGGUGGAAGAGCUGGGGACGUGAGGACCAAGUGUGAUGUCGAAAGCGAGGGGUGUUGGAUGUUAAAAUCUAACCGUUCAAGUUGGACCGUGUCUGACAACGUCUUGGCGUGCUUGUCGCCAAGUCUUAGCGUCUGGGGUGCCAGGUUUGGCGGGAGCACCCGCAAUCCGAUCUCAAAAUGCCAAGCGAUCUUGAUCAUGUCGACAUUCAGGGGUUGGUUGGGUUUCGCUUUUUAAUCUUGUCUUAUCCGUCUUUAAGUCUGUUUGAUUUUAUUUGCUGCGAACACACUAUCUUGCUCUUUACUUGGGUACAAAGCCUUUCACCGCUUGUCUUAGGCAGCAGCAGUAACAGUCUGGGUCUGCUCAGCCUGCUUCUUCAACGCCUCCAGUCUCUUCAACUCCUCCAGUCUCAUCUGCUCCUGGAUUUUGACCCUGAGCGGAGUCACUGCUUCUCUCGGCCCAGUAAUCUUCCACCCCGGCAGCCGAUCCUUCCCCAGCGCCUUCAACGUAACCUUCUCCACAAGACUGUACUCCUCCUCAUUGUCCCGGUCAAAGUUCAUCGGCUCCUUCAACGCAAUAGGUGGGUUGGUGAUGAUUCUCACUCUCCUGAGCGAGUUAUCCGACGGCGCAUGGAGCAUGAGAGGGUGCAUCAGAUACACAUCUCCCACUUUGCCGGUUGCCUCGACAAACGCCCCCGGUUCGCCAGCACAGCUCUUGGCGCAGUUGUUGAACCAGUCCAGGUUCUCUUGCUGGUUGAAGUUUGGUGCGCCACGGGGCUCCAUUCUUGGGCAGACACCGGCUGGGUUCUCGUACAGGUGCUUUGCGAUCUUGGGGAUGGCAGGAGGGCAGAUGUAGGUUCCACCACCGUGAUGCUCGAUAUCUGUGAACAGGGGUGUGACAAGCAAACCCUGCUCUCUGCUGUCGAGGUAGUGUACGAAAAAGUCCCCAUCGACAUGCCACUCGGGAAAGUUUUCGGGAGGGACAGGCUUGUUUUCUCCUUCUGGAGUUCCAAGGUUGACGAUGAGGGAGUCCUUCCAGUACUUGAAUGCUGGGUCGAUGCGGUCCUCCCCGCCGCAAAUCUCGCAGAUGGCUGCCCAGGCCUUGGGGGCAAAGGUGGACGAGUCAAAGUCAAAAUGAGAGGGCAUGUUGGUGCGGAGGGUGUGCCAUGUUGAUUUGUCGUUGGGGUCCAUGCCCAGGCGAGUCCACACGUUGGAAGUUAUGGUCUCUGCUUGCUCUCUGGUGAAGCAGUUCUCGAUUCUAUAGAGGAAGGAGUUAGGAAUGAACGGGCCAAGUAGAAAGGACAUGGCAAUGGCUUACUUGACCCAGCCAUGCUGGAGGAAGUGCUCCUUUUGUUCGGGCGUGAGGGCUGACAUUUUGAUAUGUGAUGGCUAACGUACGAGAAGCUGGGGGUUGAUGAAGCUACCUCCUCUUUCUAACUCACACAACAGUUCCCACCACCACCACCCACCCCUCCUUUUAUGCUACAAACCGCAGGAACUUUCAUGCCUUAUCCCCGGACUCGUGAUCACUACACUCCACGGACACGUCGUGCCAUGGCGGAUCCAAGACGACGACUGGCCGCUUCAAGAUGCGGGGCACGCCCUACCAUUUUAACCAGCAACAUCUCAUUGGACAACUUGACACAUGUCGGAACCGACGGGCAGGACAAGCUUUCCCAGCUUCGAGAUAGCGGUAUUGAUUGGACCCGUGAGCCGGGUUCACUUGUCCAGGAAAGACUGAUAGUGCUAUUAUCGCUUAGAAACCCCAGGCCGUUCCCACGUAAGAUGAUGUGCAACCGAUGCUCUUCACAAACAGCCGAUGUUGUUGAGGAGAAUGAAUCCCGGAGUUAAACCUAAGCGGGGGAGGGGCAUCGUUACGACCGCCAAGACACGCGGUUGGUGAGCACAACGCGGCAGGCAACCGAGGAACUUGGGACGCGAUCCACUUUAUUUCUUUCCUUCCAUCAUUGUUCGAACCAGUUCAAGAGCAGAUACACAGUUCGAAAUGGCGCCUCCGGAAGUAGACCCUCUCGAAGAGGAGUAUGUUUCAGAAGAAGACUCCGACUUUGCCCCCGAAGACGAUAGCGCGCCAGCAGCAGAGGAAUCUUCAGCUUCUGCCGAUGAAGAUGAAGACGCGAUUGCGAAACCGACCGCGAAACGAAAACGCCCUGCCGGUGGCGAUGCAGCAGAAGAUGCCGGUUUCGAAAACUCGGGCGAUGAAGCUAUAAUAUCCAAGGGUCUCAAAAAGAAAAAGAGGAGACAAACAAAAGAAGAUGCCGAGGACGAAGGAGGCGAGGGCGGGCUCAUCAAGACCAGAGCCCAGCGUGCGGUAGAAAAAGCAGAAAAAAGAGCGGCCGUCUCCACCGGCCCGGUAACCAUCGAUGUCGAUGCCCUCUGGGCGCAAAUGACCAGCGAGGCCGCCGCACCCCAACCACCAUCACCACCACCAUCACAAGAAGAAAAGCAACAGGAAAAAGAAGCAGGAAAACCAUCUAAGGAAACGGCCGCGGAAAAAGAUCUCAUCAAAAUCAAACGCACGUAUAAUUUUGCCGGCAAGGUCCACACAGAAGAGAAACUCGUCCAUCGGGAAUCAGCAGAGGCAAAACUCUACCUCGCCGAACAGGCCGGGAGGACGGACACGACCGAAUCAGAAGAACCGACCCGAAAACUCAAAAAGGCUUUCCGGUCUGUGUUUGAGCCGGUGAUGCCGAUUGAUCCGGCGACGGGUCAGAGGAGAAGCGAUCUUAACUUGGGGGUGGCAUCUAGGCUCAAGGCGAGAGAGGCUGCUGCGGCCAAGGCCAAGAAGUUGAAUACUGUCGAGAAGAGCAGGAUGGACUGGGCUGGGUUUGUGGAUAAGGAGGGGAUCAAGGAUGAGCUGGAGCUGGCGGGGAAGAGCAAGGACUCUUAUGCGGCCAGACAGGACUUUUUGGCGAGGAGCGAGGCGUUGAGGGAGGAGGAGGCAAGGAGGGCGAGGAUGGCUGGGAAGGUUUAAGAGAAGGUGGGGGGGUUGUUUUGUAUCAUUUUUUUUUACAAGGGCGUUUAGG